CCCCCCCCUCCCGAACGCCCCGUCGCACUCGUCCCCCCCCCCCACACAUACACACACGCACACAGCCAUGACCGACGCUUCCCUUCGCACCCGCCACACCGUCCUCAAGUAUGUGGCCGAUCUGAUCAAGGCCGGCCCGACCGAGGAUCUGUCCGAGGAUGCCAUCGCCAGCCUCGAGGUCAGCCUGCAGUGCAUGGGCGCCGCCUUCGGCUUCGAGGAGGCCGAUGAGACCCUCGCCUUCCCGGGGGACCUGCCGGCCCUCCUGUCGGCCAAGCCGGUUUCCGGCUACUCCGGCUCCACUCCCUCCGAUGCGGAUGUUGCCGCGGCCGAGAAGCUGAAGAAUGACGGCAACGCCAAGCUCAAGGCCUCCGAUUACAAGGGCGCCGUUGACUGCUACACCAACGCCAUCAUCCUCAACCCGACCGCCGUUUACUACUCCAACCGCGCCAUGGCCCUGACCAGCAUCGGCAUGUUUUCGGCCGCCGUGCUCGACUGCAACCACGCCAUUUCCCUGGACAGCAACUAUGCCAAGGCCUACUCCUUCAAGGGUGCCGCCCUCGCUCGGCAGUCCUGCCACGAGUACUCGGCUCGGUGCUACACCAAGGCCGCCAGCGUGGCCGAGACCGACAACCUGCGCGAUCUGUACCUGAACAACGCGUCCGGCCAGCGCGCCCUUGUCGGCCCGGCCGACAUGUCGGCCAAGAUCUACCCCGCCUUCGAGAAUGACAUCACCCUGGCUGAGGGCUCCGACUCGGCGGCCGGCAGCGGUGCCUCCACCUCGGCCGAGUCCUCCCCCUCGGCUGGUGCCGGCGGCAUGCCCGACAUUGCCUCCAUGCUCCCGGGGCUCAUGAACAACCCGGCCAUCGCCAACAUGCUGAACCAGCCCGGCCUCUCGAACAUGAUGCAGAACAUGAUGCAGGAUGGCAGCCUCUCCCAGAUGAUGAACAACCUCAUGCAGGACCCGGCCGCUCUGCAGAACGCCCUCAGCGGCCUCGGCCUCGGCGGUGCCCCCCCGCGCGGCUAAGUGUCCACAUGCUGUGUGACGUGCACAGGCGCCUCCUCUGCUGUCCAUCCACGCCAACACCUCGGCAGCCGUCGUGCUACGCGCGCAUGCGAUGUGCGUGGUGUCACGCCUCUUCCCCGCGCUCCCUCUCCACCCCACCGGAGGGGGGCGGAAAGAGAAAGGCAUGGAGAGAGGCACUCACAUGUCUGCUGUUCGGGCCCAUUCUAGUACUUGCUCGCUCACUGGCACAUGUGUGUUUACGCGCACCACACAUAUGUAUUUGUUCCGUCACAUUGGAGGGCGCGCGAAAUACAAAGAAAAAGCGUCCAA